CUAAUUAAUGCUCCAUGAUAUGAUUGGAUAUUUUUCAGCCCCGUAUGUCGAAUGAAUCAAGGGUGAUUUGCAAAAAUAAUAACUAAAAAGGACUACAUUCCAAAACCAAGCGUCGGCGUAAACGAUAUACAUAUUUAAAAUGUAUCCAGAAAACAAAGCUGAUUCAAAUGCUAAACUUUAAUAUAUUGCUGACGACUCAUAAAAAAAUAACAUUUUAGAAAGGAACUCGUAUGAAACUUCAUAUGGCAAUGCUCUUAUUUAUUGUUUUCAGUGUUCAGGAUCCAUGUCUUUUGCUUCGGCUAUUGGAUUCAAUACGACGGCAAUGACGUACGGCGAUUUGUCAACUGUUGAGUGCUUCGGACCAUUUUGUAAAGCAAUAUGCGAUGGUGUUAUGAACGUCUGCAUGGCAAAAGCAGCAGGCCGUGGUUGUGAAGCUUUGUGUCGUUCAGCAUCCUGUUUAACCCAUGCCGAUGGGACUUCAUCUUCUUCUAGUUGUCUAGGCCACAAGUGUUUUUCAAAUUGUACCGGAGAACUUUGCAGAUCAUCGUGUGAAGGGACCGGUUGCAGAGCAGAGUGUCACAAUAGGAAAUGCCAUUCACAUAUAUGGAUACCAGAGCAGAAAGCCAAAGAAAACUAA